AUGGGGUUAUUUGAUAAAUUGGCCUCAUGGCUGGGGCUGAAGAAGGAGGUGAAUGUUCUCUGUUUGGGUCUGGACAACAGCGGGAAAACCACCAUCAUCAACAGGCUCAAACCUUCAAAUGCUCAGACCCAAGACAUCGUUCCUACAAUUGGGUUUAGUAUUGAAAAAUUCAAGACUUCCAGUCUGUCCUUCACUGUGUUUGAUAUGUCUGGCCAAGGUAGAUACAGAAACCUUUGGGAACACUAUUACAAGGAGGGCCAGGCUAUAAUAUUUGUUAUUGAUAGCGCGGACAAGCUGAGGAUGGUUGUGGCUAAAGAGGAACUUGACACACUAAUCAAUCACCCAGACGUCAAACACAGAAGGGUCCCAAUACUAUUUUUUGCAAACAAGAUGGAUGUACGAGAUUCACUUUCUUCAGUUAAAGUUUCUCAGUUGCUGUGUCUUGAAAACAUCAAAGAUAAACCAUGGCACAUCUGUGCGACCAAUGCUUUGAACGGAGAAGGUUUACAAGAGGGAGUCGAAUGGCUACAAGAUCAAAUCAAAACACUGAGAACGUGA